AUGUUUCAAAAUUGGAUUCUACCUAAGAAUAAGAUGCAAAGCACUAUUAAGGAGCUUCUAGAUGUUUUAGGAUGUAAUUUAGAAGCAGAUACGGUGUUGGACUACAUUCAGAAUGAUCCCAAUUAUGGCAACAGUAAUCUCUCUUCUAAACAAGUAAAUGAAUACGCACAAAGAUUGGCGCUUAAAUCUUCUAAUUCAAAAGUUUUUUUAAAAAAAUAUGAAGAGUUAAAAAAUCGCAACACUGACAACUUGUCUGAUAUUAUUGUCCUAUUUUAUAAACUAGUAUGUGAUGAAAAGAAAUCCAGAAUCUCUAAACCAAAAGUGGCUCCUAAACCUAUUUUAGGUGACAAUAAGCACCAGAUCACCAAAGAAGAUUUGCCACAGAUCAAAGAUAAGUUACUCAAAGCUGUAGAUGAAAGUAAAAAACUAGUCAUGAAGUCAAUUGAAGAGAAAGAAUCCAAAUUGCGUCCAAAUUGGUACAACAGCUUAGACUUACCUAACUGGCAAAAAGAACAUCCAGCUAUGUCAUGGGACUUUCCUAAAGAUCCAUUGCCUAUAAUAGCAUCAUUGUCGGGUAUUCCCAUUGCUUCACAAGAGAACAUAAUCAUAGAUGAAUUACUUUACCUUUUUUCUGGAAUUCCUGGUAAUUUCAUUGUACAUCAGCCAGUAAAAGACACAUAUGAUCCAAGAACUUUCAUUAUAUCUGACGACUUAGAUGAUGCACUUAAACAAAUAGUCCAACAGAUGUUACCUUUGGCUUCAAAUUAUUCUAUUGUGAGAAGGUUUAUAGAGCAAUGUAAUAUGUGGUCUGGUCAGGUACUCCAUGCACUAGUUGCGGCAAUUGAGAUAUUGUUGAAAGACUACUAUACAAUGAUAGCUCAAUUGGAAACAGAGUACAUGUGUUCAAAUUUAACAUUACAAAAGUUAUGGUGUUUUGUUUUACCCACAAUGCAUACUAUGCAAGUGUUAGCUGCUAUUGUCACAAGUAUUGGAAAGAGUGAAUUAAGAGGUGGUGCAGUGUUAACGGUACUUCAUGAGAAAACUAAUACGUUGAUGGGAGACGCGCGCGCGCAAGAAAUCUCUCUGUUCCUCACAGAGCGAGCAUGUCGUCCAUACUUGAGCAUUUUGGACCAGUGGAUACAUAAAGGAACCAUUGUGGAUCCCUUCCAGGAAUUCAUGAUAGAAGAUAAUGAACUUAUAAAUAAAGAGGAACUGCCGGGAGAUUAUUCAGCGGACUACUGGGAGAAGAGAUACAGUAUACAGAGAGACAGAGUACCAAAGUUUUUAGACAAAUUCACUGAUAUUAUACUAAGAACUGGAAAAUAUUUGAAUGUUAUCAGUCAGUGUGGCAAAUCAAUAACGAAAUCCAACACAGAGGAAAUAAAAUACUCGCUAAGAGAACAAAACUAUGGUGCUAUAAUACAAAAGGCAUAUGCUUUCGCCAGUAAAUCUCUUCUCGAGUUGUUAUUAAAGGAGUACGAUUUGAUGGGUCGAUUGAAAUCGGUUAAGAAUUACUUCUUAAUGAGCCAAGGCGACUUUAUAGUGCAAUUCAUGGACGCCACAGAACAAGAACUGUCUAAGAAGAUAGACGAUAUUAUACCGUCAAAACUUGAAUCGUUAUUGGGAUUGUGCUUAAGAUUGUCAGCGGCCAGCCAUGAUCCAUAUAAUGAAGACAUGAGAGUAGAAUUGCUUCCCUAUGACUUACAAUUCCAAAUGUUCAAAAUAUUGUCCAUUGAAACUGAAGAAGAAAAAGAGUACAAACAGAACAAGGAUUGUCUUCCUUUAACCGGCAUAGAAACGUUCUCCUUCGGCAUGGAAGUGAAAUGGCCAGUAUCACUGAUACUGAACCACAAGGCCAUAGCGUGCUAUCAAAUGAUCUUUAGGCAUCUAUUCUAUUGCAAACACGUUGAAAGAUUACUUUGCAGAGUGUGGCUGUACAACAAAGUGGUGAAGCGUUUCUCCGAGGCGCGUCUGUACGCGGACGCGUUCGCCCUGCGCCAGCGCAUGCUGAGCUGCGUGCAGCACCUGCAGUACUACAUGUGCGUGGAGGUCAUCGAGCCCUCCUGGUGCCAGCUCAUACAGAGCUUGGACAAGGUGAACAACGUGGACGAAGUGCUGGAGCGCCACAACGACUUCCUGGAGUCGUGUCUGGGCGACUGCAUGCUCACCAGCCCGCAGCUGCUCAAGGCCGUCACCACGCUCUGCCUCGUCUGCGUACAGUUCUGCACUUUCAUACAGGAGAUGCACAAGUACUUCGUGGACGCAGAACUAAACAGUAUGCUCGGAUCGACGUAUGACAAUAAUGAGUAUAGCGAGACAUUCACGGGGGCAAGUUGCGGCACCACGACGGGCGGGUCGGCCGACUCGUUCUCGCGCUCCGUGUCGCGCUACGGCUUGCGCUUCACUGCCGCCUUACUCUCCGUGCUGGCCAUCAUAGAAAGGAUGGCUAGAGACAACAAUACGAAUAAACUGCUUAACAUAUCUGCCAGGUUAAACUUUAAUACGUACUACGUAAAGCAGCUCGAGAAGUUCUGCACCGACGACAAACUCAUGGAAGCUGACAAGAAAUCC